AGUUGAAUCUCUCAGAGAGAUUUUAUUUUUUAAAAAAAGUUGGAACCAAGAUGCGUAGAUUACAUGGUGUUGGCAUAUGCUUAUUAAAAUUUUCGAGUAUAAAAAUCGUUCCUGUAACUGUCAUUCAGGUGUCUCUUUCACUCUGUAAACUGUGGUGUCGCUAAAUUAAACUUAAUCAAUUUUUCCAUUUCUGACAAGUGAAUGAUAAUUGUAACGAUGAAUUUCCUCAGACUGAUCUUCUCUAUAGUUAUUAUGUUUAUAAGUGCUUCAUAUUGCCAAACAGACAUGCUGAAGUAUACAAAGAGAAAAUAUUGUGGAGAUAACUUAUCAAAAACACUAUCCAUAGUUUGUAAAGGAAAUUACAACACAUUAACAAAGAAAUCAGAUGUUAUAGAGAAAAAAGGCUAUUGGUCUCCAAUUUUCAAUCCCGAAUACGAGGAAACCAGGUUUCCAUUCACAAGAAAAUCGAGAGCUGUUUCAAUGAUGAAAUUCUAUCAAAGAAGAAGAAAAAGGGGUGUAUUCAAUGAAUGUUGCGAAAAGGCCUGUUCACAUAGAGAACUCUCAUAUUAUUGCGGUCACUGAGAAAACUUUAGAACAACUUGAAAGGAUAACUGGACAUAGAGAAGGAUUAUGUGGACAAUCUAAUUAAUUUUCUUGAGAACAUGAAAAAUGUGUAUUUUCAUGUUAUUAUGAAAUAACGGAAGAGAUAUUCAGAAAUGAGAAAACAAGAUAAAUGAUUUCCUAAACGUUUCCUAAAUGGAAGGACACAGACAUCGAAAUGAAACUUCAAAUAGAACGAAGAAUUAUAAGAAGUAGUUUCAAAUAAUUUUUAAUAAAUGCAACAUACCAUUUCAUCCGACUUGAAUAGGUUGAAAUCGAAUGAAUUGAUAUAUGUUUGAUUGAAAACUGCUUUUGUGAACCAGUGGAAUAUGUAUAUUAUUGUUCCCAAUAAGAGAACUUGAACUUGUUCUUUUGAUGGGAACAACAACAAAAAUUUUAUGAGAUAUGGAAAAUGAUGGAGCAGAAUCUAGAUUAAUCUAUUAGAAAGAAUAUAUUGACUUACCGAAAUUGACUAAAUUUCAUGAGUUUGAAAAUAUAUUCUUAGUAUUAUUGUCGUUCAUUGAAAUGUGUGAUUUGACCACUUCGAUGGGAUCAUCAUCUUUCUGU